UUCGUUUCACGUAAAUGCUAUGCGACAGACUUUUCUGUCAGGGUCCGGUCAACUGAUGCUCAGAGGUCAUCGGAGUGCGCCGCCUUUCUUCCUCCAAUUAAACUGCGGGCAUGAAACUUCCUUUUGUUGCUACAGGGGUUUUGUUAGCUGCUCGCAUACGUCAUCAACCAGCGUCGGGUCGUCCGUGUAUUUUUCGUGGCCUCAUUGAAAAAGGUAGGAGCGGCGUAGAGACUGAGGUAGUUCUUGACUUGGGACCAGAAUCUCUGUUGCUAAUCAUGGCUGCUGUGAGUUUUGAAGAAUUUUCAGUGCCUCCUGGCUCAGAGCUGGCAUUGCCUCCUCUUUUUGGUGGAAAUAUCCUAGAAAGUGAGUUAGAAACUGAGGUAGAAUUUGCUGAUGGAGGGAUACCAGAAGACGAGGAAGAGGAGGAUAUGUUGCGGCAACAGGAGAUGACUCGACGCAAGUGUCAAGUGCUUGCCCGGCGAUGCAAGGAAUUAGAACAGGUGAAUGAGAGAAUGUUAAACCGGCUUCAUCAGGUCCAGAGAAUAACACUGCGUCUCAAACAAGAAAGGAGGUUUCUCAUGAGAGUUUUGGAUUCCUAUGGUGACGAUUACAGACAAGGCCACCUUGAUAUUGUCUUGGAGGAUGAAGGAAUCCAGAGUGCAGAUGUUGCAACUUCCAGCAAUGCAGAGAAUGAGCCCUGUGAGAAAGAAACCUCCAGGUGCCUGCCUGCCCAAGAGCCAGAGAGCCUCUCCCCUAGCGAAGGCCCCGUUAGCAAGAAGCGGCGACGUCAUCUGCGUGAGGAGAAGGAAGGGAGGAUGCGUCGAGCAGCCCCAACAUUGCUGCCCAUGGAGGAAUUUCCUGUGCAGAUAAAAUCUGAAGAAGAUUUCCAGUGUGAACAGGACGAUGUUCUCGGCUCUGCCUGGCAGCAAUCCAGUCCCCAGCACAAGUUACUCCAAUACUCAAAGUUUCCCAGCCCUGGUGCCUGUUCUGAUUUUGACUGAGGCUGCCCACUCAUCAAAGGAAAGCAUAUAUACCCAUGUGGCAGCUAGGCUGGCCAUCAGGGUGCCCGAGAUGAAAAUUUCCUUGCAGGUGUCUUCUUUCCUUAGAUAUCAACCAGCAUCUAAGGAACAGCAGGACAUCAAUCCCAUCUGACUCCUCAACUCUAAUCCAGUGAAAGAUGUUCUGAACUGCUAAGGGUGGGGGAAGUGGUAGAAGUGGCGAUGGAGUUUUAAGCAAGGAACAAAACUUUGGAGUCAAUGUGUAAGAAUAUUCAAUGGAUUAGCUUGAGUCCCUGAGUUGAGUCCACAAUGGACUCAACUUAUGUCCAUAAACUUUGAAUGGGGAAGCUAGUUUUGAGCAUUUAUACCCUUUCAAGAUUGAGGAAGGGCCCUUUUGAGGUCAGUGUUCAGCAUAUCCACAUUGCCCUUCUGGUGGGAAAGGGGACUAGUGGUUGUUAUGCAUUAGAAAGUGCACAGAAAACAGCUGUUGCUGCGUUCUACCAUGUGGUUUUCUGUGGAUGUGGGAAAACCACGUGUUGAGGGAAGACUGAGUUCUUUCAAUUUUUCUUCAGGGUUUUUAACUGUCUUGAUCUAUGGUAUCAUGAGAUCCAGCAUGAUUAAAAGGCCAAUUUAAGUCUGUAUGAAAGGAAAUAAUUUCUGUGCUAUUGACCUGGGUAUUUAUGCAAAUUGUUUUAUGUGUCAGUUUAAGAACUUAGCAUAUCUUUGCCAGUCCAGAAGAGAGCAAGAACUAGCACCCCUUUCCUGUCGUUUCCUCCUCAAGGAAACAUCCAAAGAGUUUCAAGACUUUCCCGCUAGCCAUAAAGACCAGGAAGUCCCCUGCCCCCCUCCCCCCACCCCCAUAUCCUCAAGUUAGGAAUGAUAAUAUUUGAACGAACCACUUUGCGGUCUAAUUGCAUUUUUGGAUUUUAAAGGAUUACAGAAAUACAACUGAGAAAUCUUCAAGCUUAUGGCUUCUACUUUGUGGCAAGAUUUGAAUGAGAUAUUAAACCAAUCAAACAUGA